AGUGAAUCAAUGCUACUACUGUCAAUAGAUUUCAUGCGAUUGUUAUGUAUACACGUACAGAAAGAAUGUGUCCCAAAACGUGGCAAAUGAUUUAUGUUUCCCUCGUCAAAAUCACCCUCCCCUUUCCCGCCUCCCAACGCCACGACCUUUGCCCCCUGACUAGACAUGUUGUAAUUAUGCUAACCUGGGGGAGCGGUGAGGCGUGACAAAACGUUUAUAGUCCCACCCACUGUGUGGGGCGCCCUGACAAUAAACAGAUACUUCUACACGUCUGUUAUUGAAGAUAGUCGACAGAAGGAACGUGCACGACAACAUGAGCAAAAUGUGCAGUUCCUUAAGUUGAGAGCCGAGGCAAGACAAGAACAAGAGAAACGGAAGGCUGAAGCCAAGUAAUGUGACCAAAAACAGUGAAUCAAGAACUCAGUUAUGUAGUUGUUAUUUGUUGCAACAGACUUUUGCAUGCAUGUUUGAUUUUUGUGUUCCAUGUUAGCUUUAGAGAAGGAAGCUGUAGCAACAGUGAACAUUGUCAUUAGCUCUCAUGUAGCUUCAAUGUUUAACUUGAUUUGAACACCAGUUCUUGACUUUGCCCUGUACGAGAGAUGUCAGGCAAUAUCAAAAGUGUGAUGAACGUUAAGGCAAGUAAAGUAAACCUAAACCCCAGCGUUUUGCUAAGAAAGCUCUCAGAUGAGGAAGUGUUGAGAAAUACAACGCCAGAGAAAUUUCACAAAACAGGAAAGCAGAGGGCAAGUGUUAGUGCCGAUACGGAAAAAAGCUUCGAAGUGCGACAGUCAAAGAGUGAUAGUGAGAGAAAGCAGGACUCUCAAAAGAAGGUUGAAGUAACCAAGCCACUGUCAAAAAGCACUGAGCAAAAUCCUAGUCAAGCAAAACCCAGUACAGCAACAGAAGUACCACAAAAGAAAGUAGCAAAGCCAGCCAGUGAGGCUAAAGCACAGCACAAACCAACAGAAGGUAGUGUAAUAGAAUCAGUGAAAGACGUGGUUGGUAAAGAGACUUCCGCACCCUCCCGUAGUACAGUAACAGAAGACCUGCUGACUCAGAUCAGUCUAUCAGCCCCAGUAAAGGAAGUAAAGAAAGUCGUCCAAGUCCUGACUUUGGAUGACAUCCCAGGCAAAAGUGACAAAUCAGAAGGAAAAAGGUCUCAACUGAUUGAAAAGGAUAGUCAGAAAGUGUCAGCUCCAAAAGAAAUGACGACCAUGAUGACAGAAAGUCGCAAUCUGAGUGUUGUGGUACCAAAGCUACCGAUGCACAUCAGUCCUCAGAAGUCAUACAACAUCAAUGACCCAAGCAUCACCCCAAGCAAAGCCAAGCCCAGGACCCCAACAGCAAAGGAAGCACUCGCUCGGAAGAUGGUGAAGAAGGCAAAGACUCGAGCAAACGGGAAGGGAGCAGCGCUAAAUUUCAAGCGUCUCAUCGGAGAGAAUGGAAAUUUGGACAACAGCAGUGACUUUGUGGAAACAGGGAAAACUUUUCAGCCCGCUGUACGCAAGUUACGCAGUCGCGCAGUGAAGAAGGCUGCCAAAGAUAAAGUACGCAAACCCGCGAGUCCUGACACAACAGUUUCUACAGAGAAGGGCCCUGGCAAGACUAGCAGUGUGCCAGUUAAUGUAGAAAACAAGGAGGGGAAAACCUGUCUAACAUGCAAACAGACCAUAUUUGGUACAGAAGAGGCAGUGAAGGAACACAUGAAGACUUGUUUGAGACAGCGGUUUGUGUCAGACAAACAUUCCUCAAGACAUACUGGUCUAAGACACCUGCCUGAACCUGCAGAAGAGGGCCUAAUGGACUUAGAGGUGUCUGAUGAUGAGAGUUUUGCCCGCCACUUACAGCAGAGGGAGGAAGACAAAUUGAUGGAAGAGCAGCUUACAGAUGCAGAGUUCUACUUCUGCCAGAUCUGUGGACGUGAUCUGACUCAUCUCAACACUGUCCGGAGAACGCAGCACAUCAACCGCUGUAUUGACGCCAUGGAGACGGAGAAAAAACUGCACGCAGAGCAGAACAUUAAAGAUGUUCCUGACUGUCCCAUCUGUGGCAAAGUGCUGGAAAGCAGGGCACAGAGACAGUCCCACCUGAAGCGCUGUGCUGUACAGUACGGGGUGACCACGGCACAGCUGCUGGAACUGGUGAAAAAGCAAGAGGAAGAGAAAGAGGCUCGCAGAAAGAACCAACCCAGGUCUCAACUACAGCCAGCUCAACAGCAGCAAAGGGGUAUAAAGAGACACCAUGAGGGACCAGCAGGUACUGCAGGAAAGAGGCCCCGCAAGCCAGGCAGGCCAGUCAUUUCUAGCAGAGGUCCACCUGGCGAAGGUGCUCCUCACAGGGAAAUGGAUGAACGGACCCAGGUUGCCAUGGCAAUGUCUAUGUCACUUGUGGAGAAGGAAGGAUCCAGAGAGCAGCCAACAGUCACGUCUGCACUCCCUGUAGGUGGGAAGGAAAGCAAGAGAAGGAAGAAGGCUGCAAAGACUGAUGUAGUACCAGCUCUGUUGGUGACAAGUAAAGAGGAUAGAGAAAAAACUCUGGCUCGAAAAGUGGCCUCUAUCAUUGUGCAGGGUGACCAGGAAUCUCACCCAAAGACUCCAAGCCUGAGAAAAAGCAAACUGGGUAGGAAGUACCACACAGCUAGGAAGACCAUGGGUAAGGGCCCAUCCUCCCCCAGCUUCCUACAGAAAGUUGGUGCAGCUAUGACCAGCAGCCCCCCUGCAGCUUCCACCAGUACUGCAGCAUCUCCUGCCUCCAGCCAGGAGAAGGCACCCCUGUGGUCCAUGACGAAGCGUAUUGACGAGAAGAAGACUGAUGACUUCUAUGUUCAGGAGUUGUCCAAGCAGAUCACUCCAGCUAAGUAUGUACCCGUCACACCAAUGAGGAAGGCAGCCAAGAAAGCAAUGCUGACGUUUACGAAGAAAAAUGACACAAGCGAGGAUGAAACAACUGACGGCCCCCCACAGAAGGCUGUUGCGGGCAGCCAAAAGGCUAAGAAAACUCCCACUGCUACCAGGUCUCCUGUUAAGAAGUCCACACCAACCCCAACCCAGACACAGAGGGAGACAGCGAAUGUUUUGGCAGAAUUAGCAGAUGAGGGAUGCUCCACACAAGAGGUGCAGGAGGUGUUUACAGAAGGACAGACACUGUUGCCUGAACCUAGUGGCUUCGUACCAGACAGGACCCCACUUUCUCCUCAGAAGAUGCCUAGCUCUGUCCCAAGUACAACCCUGACCAAGCUGUCUGCAGACCUCCUGGGAAUGGUGAACAGUCCCAAACUCAGUGACUUAAACCUGCUGUGCAGAAAUGGGGAAGUGAUACACGUGCACAAGUUUGUCCUUGUCGCACGGUGUCCUGUGAUAGCAAAGAUGCUGGAGGUGAAAGAUGACAAAGACUUAGCUGCACUGGACUUCUCUGACUAUGAAAAGGAUACAGUACUAACUACUCUAGAGUACAUGUAUGGUGGAAAGAUCUCCCUGAGUGAUGCAGUUUUGGCUGCAAAUGUGCUGAGGGUGGCUCAAAAGCUGGAGCUGAAGGAACUGGAGGACAGCUGCAAGGCCUUCCUGAAACCCACGUUUUCAACUGUUUCCUCAUCUCCAGAAUUCCAAGAAAAAGAUCUGCCUGAACUUCUGGACACCAUGUUAGGCUCACCAACCAGCAGCCCAAACCUUUCACAAGGCAGUGUGAAUCGAAGCUCUGACAGUCAGGGAUUUAAUGACUCGGAGUUGGAAGACAUCGCCUUGAGUCAGAAGCAAAGGUUUCAGAAGGCAAGAACAUUGCCGUCAAAAAACGUUAACAAGGAGCCUGCAGCUACAAAGAAACCUACCCAGAUGGUUCCCCCUGCAGGAAGAGGCCUUGGACAGGCUCCUGAGAGACAAGAAACUGGCCUCCAUGUUCCAGUCAUGACCAUCGGAGAUGUGGUAGAAUCUGCAAUUGUGAAGAACGUAAAACAGCCCACCAGAAUCGGUCCUGAUGCCAGCCCAACGUCGGCCCCAGCUCACCAACCAAUACUUACAAGCACAGGGCAGACAGCUGGUGUUGGCGUUAGGAUUCCCGUUGAGCACAGCUAUUCGACCAGCCCUAGGAAGGGAACACAGAGAGGGCGCCGAGGGCCAAAGACAACUGUUGCACCAAUGUUAGAAGGGUCCGCAACAACCGUAAGUCCAGCGAAACAACCAGCAUCCUUAGCACCUUCAAUGCAAGGCAUAGCAACAACUGUGAUGACUUCAACACAUGGCCUAACAACAACUGUGAUGCCUUCAACACAUGCUGUGACAUCAACAGCAACUCUGUCAUCAUCACAACUUGGUGUGGCAACAGCUGUUACACAAGCUAGCCCUGCUCAAACUACCAUGGGCAGCCACAGCGCAUUGCCCCGACCAGGAGCCAGGGAACAGUCCCUCAUCAUCCAGUCACAAGAGCUUUCCAACAAGAUAGGUUGCCCGGAGUGCGAGAAAUCAGGGGUACGAGUGUCUGCAAAUGAGGCACAGAUGCUCAUCCAGGGUGGCCCAGCUGCAAACGCCAUGCGACAGUUGAUCAUUGCGAGACAGAGGCCCUGCCCGCACGGGAAGUACCCUUCUUGGGGCUCUCAAGUUGCUCCAACAUGGAUGCCCCCACAUGCACCAGAAGCUCUCCAGGGCCGAUCUGCAGGACAACUGUUGGCUGGUCUUCGAUCCCGUACACCCCCUAACAGUCCCCUGCGGCAGACUGCAGUAGCUACAGUAGUCACACCGGCUGCUCCUGGACACACACACACAAGUCCAGCCUAUACUCAAAGUCCAUCUGGUGCAAGAAUGCAGAACUUUGCAGAGUUUAAUAGCCCACCUUUUGGACCAGGGAGACCACAACCUGAUGUAAGACUACCUGGGAGUAGACCACCAAUACCCCCACUGCCUGGAUUUGGAAUACUUCCACCUGGUGGCAGACUUCCACCAGCAUCAACUUUACUCCCUAGAACGAACAUUCUUGCUCAGCUGAGAGAACCCUCUCAAUUUGCCCAGCAAAGAUAUGGCCCACAGGGUGUUGUUCCGGAGCAGUUUCCUACACAGAGGAGUCCGAGAGGUCCUGCCAUAUCUCCCAUAAGCUCACAGCGCAGUGGAAAAGAACUGGAUUCCCCGACAUCAUCCCAGAAUGGCUCUGAGUUGAUUCCCUCCAGGAGACUGCUCUUGCAUACAGCGCAGAGGAUGUUACCUGGUAACCAGUACCUCAGCAAUCAGUUUCUCUCUCCAACUGGCCUCCAGCGGCCAACACUUCACGACAACACACCUCGGCUUUCUGUUGUGGCUGAGUCUAGCCCACCACCCAACACUUCAACUGGUGUGGCUAUCAUCCGAAUCCCCUCUCCAAUGGAGAAAAGCGGCCAAGGCAGAAGUGAGCGACAUGUAAGCCCACCGCUUGCCGCAGUGCCCGCUACUGCUGGUGCUAAUGUUUCCAGUUUUUCCAACUCACCAAACCUUGAUUCCACUCGCAGAAUGCCUCAUAGGUCAUCAGGCGGAGCCACGGUCAGUUCAGCAUCUCUCAACAGCAGCACAGCGGACAUGUUUGCCGUGCCGGACACUCCCCCCAGUUCAGGGAGGCCGAAGAGGAAAGGAGACAAGCGCGGCAGAGGCAGGACUCCCUCAGAGUCGGACAACGAUACUCGUUCAGCAGCUGAAGCACUAAUGUUCAUGUCACAGCGGAGAGAGGACUCUGAAGGAUCCGAGGACAUCUCUUCACCACCUCCCCCAGGAAUCCCAGGUACCCAGGUACACAGUGCCUCUAGCCCUAAGUCUGUGAUUGUGGUAGGUGUUAGCAAUGCUGGAGGAAGUCCAAUGCCUCCCAGCAACCCUGCUGUGAUGCAUGUUUCCAGAUUGAGCAACCCCAAGCAUCAAUCCCAGCGUACCAUAUUGCCUUUGCCACAGAGUUGGUCAAGUUUGGUAAGGAGAGAGAGAAGUACAGAUGACUGUAGCAUUCUCAAGGUCUUGUUGCAAAAAGGGGUGGGUGCAGCCAUUCCGCAGCUGUAUAAGGAUCAGGAAGUCCCCCCUCAUAUUCAGAAGCAGGUUUUGAAAGAAACACGAUUGAAAAGACUAAUGCCACAAACUAAGCAGCAUGAUGUGCAGCCAGCCUCUCAAGCAUGUGGUGAAAUGGUGGUGGGUAGGAACUGUAGUGGUGAAGUGCAUGGUGGAAUAGUAGUGGCUGAUACUAACAUUCGUAAGCAAAUGGUGACUAGAGAGAGUGGUGCGGGACUGCAUGACAGUCAUUCAGGUGCACAGAAACAGUGUAGAGAGGUGGUGAAAGGUGUGGAACAUGGUGGAAGCCUUGUGAAACAAGGAAAGGAUGAACUUGCAGGGGAAGAGAGUGGUACUGAAUCUCUGUCAUGUCCAACUGCUGAUGAGUUAAGGGACAGCAUGCUAUUUAGAAUUGUACACCCUGAAACUUUCAGUCCAGUGCCAAAAAUAAAGGGUAAACCAGUGCAUGAUGGAGGUGAAGUGGGCAAGGUGCAGGGUAAAGAGUUGCAUGCUGUGAAACUAACACGUGAGAAAGUACUAACAAAGGACUGCAGUCCAAUGGUUGGUGAGGGAAGUCGUCAUCAGAAGGAAGGUAACGGUGUGGCUGCUGUGUGUGACAGUGACUCAAGUGUACAGAAUGUUGUAAAACAAUGUACUACUUCAAAAGUAGAGGAGGACACAGACUGUGAUGAACUUCGUUCCACUUUUACAGGUCCAAAUGCAAAGCAAAGAAGAGGAAAAGCAACAUCAGCUACAACAUUCCCUUCAAGCAGCCCAGACACAAUGAGUAGACAUUAUACAUCUCCAAUGUUGAGGGGAUCAGUGGAAAUAGUGGUGAAUUCUGACAGAGAACAGCCAGCUUCGGAAAGACAAGAACCUGAUAUAGGCAAAGUUCCUAGUAUUUUUGACAACAACCAGGGUGUGUCCAUCCCCAGGGACCAGGGAAACAACAGAGUAAGUCGGAGAGCGUCACAAAGAAAGAACCAGACCACGCCUACUGAGGCAACAAUGCCAUCAUCACAGGCGACAAAUUCUGUACAGACCAGAAGCAAAGGUGGCAAACAAAAAGGUGAAACAACACCUUCACCUACCAAACGUCUACGGAUGAGUCGACCACCAGAAGGGAAGAGGCAUGCUUGUACUCAGUCACCAAAGAAGUUUUGGACUGACUACCUUAAAGCUCAGUUGGCUAGUGGUAAUGCUCCAGCUGGGCCAGUAGGUGAGUCAAUGAUAUCGAUGCAGACGCCAGAUUUAAGUGCUGUAAAACCUGUUAGAAGAGGCAUCUCCUCACCAGAACUGGCUCUGACAACUCCAGGAGUGACUGGUUCAACAACCUUCCAGCCAAAGUUUUCCACCCCUGUGGGCAGCCACACCCAACCAGUAGGUUCCCCUCGACUUAGCCUUGACCAGGAGCUAAAGGAAGCAGAGACAGAAACAGUGUUCCAUGGAACAGGUCCAGAACCUUAUGCUCCAACAGUUGAAAAGAAGACCUCAUUGGACUCCGGGUCUCAGCAAGCUGAUGAUGCCAGUAAGGGAAAAGAUAAGAAAGAAGCACCAGUAACCAGCAGUCCUGCUACAUCGGAGAAGCUGCAAGAAGCUUGUUCAAAUUUGAAUGAUUCCUUCAACAGUACAGAGUCUGAGGCAAGCAGCAUUACUAGACCAGCCCAGCUGUUUGUGAAAAGUGUUCAGGAAGGGCCAGCUGUGAUUGUGCAAACUCAGUCAGAACUUCUUUCUCCCACCAUAGAUUUUCACGAGGAGACCAUCGUUCCCAGGUCAGUAUCACCCACACCGCCUCAGUCACCACUAACUACAGUUACAGUUAGCUCCCGAGUCUCCAGCACUGCUUCCCCUCCUGCCUCCCCUACGAUUGGCUCAACCCUUGGGCAAGGGCAAGGCAGGUUAUUGACAGGAGGAAGUGACCUGAAGUCAAAAGAACCAUCAGCUGAUGACAUCAUUGAGCUUUCUGAUGAUGAUGAUGAUGUACAGGAAAGAGAUUUCCAAGAUGAUGCAAAGAGGAAAAGAUCCACACCAGACUCUGUAUCAGAAGCAAAAAGACCAAAGACUGAUGCUCUUGAAUCAUCCGUAGCUGGCAAAGAUGUAGAUGAUGAUGUUGAAUGCAUUGCAGGCAACUCAGUUGAUGAUGUUGGCUUGGGAGAUGUAGAGAAGAUUGACCUUACACAGGAACAUGCUGAUGAAACUGGUGCAGAGCCUCAGCAGGGUGUUUGUGGAACAGAACAUGGGUGUGGGACUCCUGAGCAUGAACAGCCUUCCUCUCCCAGCUCUCAGAGCAAGCCAGCAGAGGAACAACAGUCCCAGAGCUCUCAGCCCUCUGUGGUGAACGACAGUUUAAUGGACUUCUUCGAUGACGGAGGUUACAUGGAAGUGCCUUUUGGUGGAGAAGUUGAGUGCGCUGCUGACUCUUCUGAUGACAAAAUCAACCUGAGCAGUGUAACCAGCAAAACUGAAUCAAAAGAUGACAAGAAUGCUGAUGAGUUGAGUCCUAGUUUAGAUGCAACAAAGGACAAUGAUACCACAGCUUCAGUGCCUUUAUCACCGAAAAAUGCCUCCACUGUCAUUGAGGAAUUCCCAGACACCCAGCAAGAACCUGUCCAUGUUGAAGAAGAUGCACACACAGAUCAAUAUGUUGUAGAAGUUGUUGAGGAGUCCCCAACAGCAGGAGAGGAUGUAGUGAACAAUAGCAUGUAUGAUUUGGAACCCUAUCAUGAAGACCAUUUUUGGGAUGACAGCAAUGAACCACAACCUGAUGAAUCAACACCUGUACAUAGUGUGGUGGGGAGCGGAGAAACUGGAACAGGUGCUGUGAAGUCCACUCCACUGCAGACACAUCGCAAGAGCAAGGCCCCUGUGGUUCCCAUUACUCCCAUGCCUGAUUACCCCAACAUGGAAACACCAGAACUUAAGAAACAAGUCAAGAAAUUUGGAGUGCGGGUUCUGAAGAAGCCACAAAUGGUGGCAAAGCUGACAGAAAUCUACCAGUAUACACAUCAAGUGGAGACUGAUUCAGAAGAGGACACCCCAUCAGUGGAGAGGACCACAGAUAAUGCUGCAGAUGUACAGGAUCGCCAGAUGAACAGCAGACAGACUGUCAUACAUGCAGUGCCUCAGCUAGGGGAAGUUGUGGAGACCGUACCCUGUGUGGAGACUGCAACUGGUGGGAGUGAGUCAGAGGGCAGCACUGACAGCAACAGUGAGGGUGAAGAAUAUGAGGAGCUGUCAGAUGACGAUGACAUCACUCCAUCUCAACAGAUUGAUGGAGGGUCUCUGAAAGGACAGCUGCUCCACUGGGUUCAGGACAACAAGGAGCUGUAUCAGAAAAUCCUGCAGUAUGAGCCCAUAGAUGCUGAGAACCUUCAGCAAACCUUGAAGUCUGCUGGAAUCCGCUGCUCAAAGAACCAGCUACUGGACUUCCUGGACGAACAGUGCAUCACAUUCAUCCUGCCCAGUUCUCGCGAGAAGAGGCUGAAAAAGCCAAGAAGGAAGAGAAGGAAGAAAACACCCCCGGCUGCCACAGCAGUGGUAUAGUCCAGACUCGCAUUCACCAGAUCUACUAGUAACUAACUUGAUAUGUGUGUCUUGGGCUGUGCCAUUCUUUGGUGCAGGUGUAGAAAUUGUAUCAGAUACUUUUAUUACUAAUACAUUAUAAAUGGUCUUUCCUUACCUAUACAGGACCAAAGGUUUUAGUUAAGAAAAUUAAACCUGUCAUUGCUUUGUACAGUUUGCCAGAAGCAGAUUGAUAUGAAAAUUGGAGCAUUAUUUUAUAUGAAGGAUACACAAGGCUAAAAUGAUGUUUAAGAAUUUAUCAUAGCACACAGUCUGUAUUGCACCAAUGGUAAGUAAUAGUACAACUCCUACAUGUGCAUGUACAAUUUCAUUACUGUGGUGAUAUCAUGGUUUUUUCAUAGUUGCAGUUAAAGUUACAAUUAUUGGUGUGUAUCUUAGAUGAUAUUUAACCUGGAAAAAGCAUAUCACCAUCACUCUUUCAUCUGAUUAUCAUUUUAAAGUAGAAAAUUGUCCUAUUGAUAUCAAUUUUUUUUCUGCCUUCAAAGCACAUCAGUUAGAGCGCAAUGUCCAUAUGUGUACAUUAUUCUAUUAUGUCACAUUUCAUGCAAGACAAAGGGUACCACGUUAUCCCUGACACUCACUAAAGAUGUGAUGUAUAGGGUUAGAUGGUCAUCGUCAGUCCAGUAUUCUUUUAAGAAUAGAGAAAAUAUAACCUUCUGCUGCAUAUGAAAAGCAAUGCCCAGGCUACAUUUGCUGAUAUCGACAUUGAUUUGAUAUUUGGAUCAAUGAAUAUUUUAUGUACAACACUUGUUGUAUUAUUUUUCAUAGAAUAAAGAUGAAAAUUAAAAGAAGGAUUUUAUCUGA